AUCAGAAGCUGACCUACCUGAAAUACCAGCUGCCUUGAGGCACGGGCGGCGGCUGGUAGAGGUAUAUAUUCAGGGCUGAGCGCGCCCGGCACACAGGCUUGCAGGCUGCCUGCCCACCUCUGCUUCCUCCAGGAACACAGGACUUCCAGACCACAUCCGGCCACCAUGAGUUCCCUCGGUGAAGCAAUCAUCCACCUUGCAAUCGAUCUGUUCCACGAGAUCAGAAAAUCAGAGAAGGAAAACAUCUUCCUGUCGCCUUUCAGUAUCUCGUCAGCCUUAGCCAUGACUUACUUAGGGGCCCGAGAAAACACCGCAUCACAAAUGCAGAAGGUCCUUCACUUCAAUAAAAUCGCAGAGAACACAAGAGGAGGAGCCGCAAAAGAUCACGUUGAAAAGCCAGGAAAUGUUCAUCAUCACUUUCAAAAGCUUCUGACAGAAUUAAAGAAAUCCACAGAUGCCUAUGAGCUGAGUGUGGCCAACAGGCUCUACGGAGAAAAGGAGUUUCGGUUUCUCCAGGAAUACAUGGAUAACGUUAAGAAAUUUUACCUAGCCAGUGUGGAAUCUGCUGAUUUUCAAAAUGCUGCAGAGGAAAGUCGAAAGAUGAUUAAUUCCUGGGUGGAGAGCCAAACCAAUGAAAGAAUCAAGGACCUAUUUCCCAAAGACUCUCUCGACAGCUCUACUGCUCUGGUUCUGGUGAACGCCGUCUACUUCAAAGGGCAGUGGAACCAGAAAUUUAAGGAAGAACAUACUACAGAGGAAAAAUUUUGGCUGAAUAAGGAUACAAGCAAACCUGUGCAGAUGAUGAAACAAUCCGAUAGUUUCAAGUUCGUGUCACUGGAGGACGUGCAAGCCAAGAUCCUGGAAAUCCCGUACAAAGGCGAAGAGCUAAGCAUGAUGGUGCUGCUGCCCAAUGAAGUAGACGGUCUGCAGGAGCUUGAAGACCAGCUCACUGCUGAGAAGUUAAUAGCAUGGACGAGCCCACAGAAUAUGGGGAAGCAAGAAGUGGACUUAUACCUGCCUCGGUUUAAAGUGGAAGAGAGCUACAAACUCGUGCCCACACUGCGAGCCCUGGGGAUGGUGGAUGCCUUCAAUGACAGGGUCGCCAACUUCUCGGGCAUGACCGGGAGACGUGAUCUGGUGGUGUC